AUGUCGUUCAACUUUGCCAGCUUUACCAACAACUUGAAAGACCUUGGUGACAAGGUCACCUCCGAGUUCAACAAUGAGAUCAUGCCCUUCGCCCAAAGAACCUCGAGAAUGGUGCAAGAGAGAAUGGGAAAGGUCAAUGUGGACGAAAUCAGUCAAUUGCCAGAGGAGUACCGUGCAUUGGCACAAAAAUGUAACAAUGUGGAGAAGUUGUACAAAAAUGUGUUGAAGGUUACGCAGAAUUACGAGAAUGAAUCGUACGACUACCCAACCAAUUUACAGGAGUCGUUCACUGAGUUCAGUAAAAACAUCACUGACAGAGUAUCGAACUUGUCCAAGGCCACCACGCCCGCCGAGGCUCAGGCGGCGUUGAUCAAUUCCAACACUGGUGAAUUUAAACCACCAAAGACCUUGUACCAUGCGCUUGCACGUGCUACCGAUGGAUCGGUGUUGACGUCUUCGGCAGACAAGAACCAGGACCCCUUGGUGAAGGCGUUAGACUUGUACUCUAGCAACUUAACCAAAAUUGCCAAUGCCAGAAUCGGUCAGGACCAGUUGAUCAAGGCCAAGUUCAACAAGCCCUUGAGCCAAACAUUGAGAUCGUUGCUUUCGCAAAGCUCUAGCAUUCAGAAGAAAGUGGAGCAGAAGAGAAUAGACUACGACUUAGCUAGACAGGCUUUGAGCAGCUGCACUAACCCAUCGAAGGAGCCUCAACUCAGAGUUGCCAUGGAGAAUGCCGAAGAUGAGUUUGCCAAUACAGUGGAAGAUGGCAUCAGUGUGAUGCAAAACGUGUUAGAGCACGCCAAGCCUCUCGAGGAGCUUUUGGAAUUGAUCAAGGCACAAAUGGCAUACCACAAGUUAGCAAGCGAAUUGUUCGGAAAUAUGGUGGGUGAGUUUGAAUCGUUAAUCGAAGAAAACAAAAACUUACAGUCAAAGAACUCCGGUCAGCGCAAUUCCGAGUCUGGUGAUUUCGAUAUCUAG